AAUAACAACCUCACCUAUCCCCAUCUCAUCUCCUUCUUCAUCAUAUUCAAUCAAAACCCAAAAAAACAUCAAAAAUGGACAGACUAGUAACAGCAGAUGUUAAAGAACUGAAUCUAGUAUUCACCAGCAACAAAAAAUGCUCAACAAGUUUCCGGUUAACAAACCUCAUGCACACCAUGUCUGUUGCUGUUUCUCUAACCACAUCAAACCCUUCAACCUUGUUGUUCACUCAAUCUUUAGCCAUAAUCCCUCCGCUUGCAACCGGAUGUUUCACGAUGAAUCUGUCGAAACCGAUGGAUGAUCCACCGCUUUCGACCUCACCCGACAACGUACUAGUGAGGUCAACUAUGUUGCCUACUGGAAAAGCCAGCCAGGAAGAACUCCGGCGGCUGUUUUCCAAACCGGGCCCACAUAUUUUCAAGGAUGUGACCAUCCCGAUCUCGUUUGUGGGCCCGGACGUGAUCAAGUUUCUGAUCACGUCCACAGUUUCCAAAACUUUGGAAACUGCAUUUUCGUUGUCAAAGGCUAUCUCGUGGUGUGAUGAGUCGCAACUUAGUUUGUUGUUGCGACUGGCUGCUAGGAGCGGAAACAGCUAUGUUGUUUCCGCUCUGUUGGAUGCCGGGGCCCACGUUAACGAACGUGGGCUAGAUGAGGAUUCGGUGAUUUCCCUGGCGAUUAGAUCGGGAAGCAUUGAUACGGUUCGGAUAUUGGUUGAAUCUAAUUGUGUUGUGGUUAGUGAUGGUGAUAGAUUGUUGCAUGAUGCUGCAAAUAGGGUGGAUAUGAUGGAGGUUUUGUGUAUGGGGUAUUUAGAUCUGGAUGUGAAUUUGGUCAACGGUGAUGGUCAAACACCUCUUCAUGUUGGUGCAAGUUAUGGUAAUGUUGAAGUUCUUGAGUUUUUGGUAACCUUAGGAUGUGAUCCAGAUGUAUGUGAUUACAACGGGUGGACCGCGCUUCAUUGUGCCGCGGUUAAUGGGCAUGCGAAAGCGGUUGAUUUCUUGUUAAAUUCAUGUAAUUAUGUGAAAUACGCGGUGAAUAAGGAAGGGAAGACGGCUUUUGAUCUCGCGGUUGAAAAUGGGCACACAAAUCUAUACGAUAUGUUGCAUUUGGGGGAUGUUUUGCAUCGUGCUGCGAGGAAAGGGGAUGUUGGUGAGAUGAAAAGGUGUUUAGGGGAAGGCGCGAUGGUGAACGGGAAGGAUCAAAAUGGGUGGACCCCGUUGCAUAAAUGCGCGUUCAAAGGUCAUAUUGAAGGUGUGAAGCUUUUACUAAACCAUGGUGGUUUGGUUGAUAUAGUGGAUGGUAGUGGCUACACGGCUCUUCAUCGAGCGGUAGAUGGUGGGCAUGCUCAGGUUGCGAUGAUGUUAAUCGCUCAUGGCGCGAAGGCUAGCAUGAAAUCUUUUUCGGGGCGUUUUGAUUUUGACUCUUUUAGGAAGUGUAGCCCUCUUCGCGGUAAGAUAGAACCUUACGCGAUUCGAGCGUUGGAACGAGAAUUCGAUGAUCUGAAACAAGAUGGGGGAGAACACCGUGCGUAUACGGAUCGCUAUGAAGAGUUGAGUUUGUUAUGUCCCACUAUGGUUACCCCGUUGGAGAAGGCGAUAGAGAGGUAUACCGAUGGUUUGCCCGAUUCUGUGCAAGACAUUGUGACUGGCAGUAAUCCUACUACUGUUCGUCAAGCAAUCGAGUUGUCUGCUACACUGACCGAGUCUCAGGUCAGGAAGGGUAAACUUACCCGCAAGGGUGACAAGAAGUCGGCCGAUUCUGUUAAAGACAAGGAAAAUGGUAACGGUAAGAAGAAGGGAGAGUCUUCCAAAAAGUCGAGGAAGCGCAAGGCUUCCCAAAACUUUGCAGUUACUGCUCAGAACCCACCGACUCAACCUCCUGCAAAGAAACAGUAUGCUGGUACCGCACCUCACUGCACUCGGUGCAAUGGUCAUCAUGUUGCCCAACAGGCGUGUAAGCAGUGUACUACGUGUGGUAAACUUGGGCAUCUGGCCAACAUAUGUCGUCUGGGUCAGAAUCAAGCUGUUUAGGUUCAAGCUCCAGUCCAGGGGAAUGCUGCUAGAUUCCCACCGGGUUCAUGUUUCAAUUGUGUAGAGUUUGGUCAUUUCCGCAACAACUGCCCGAGGUUGGUAAAUGCGAAUGCGAAUGUGAAUCUCGCUCGUGGACGAGCGUACAAUCUGAAUGCUAACGAGGCUCGAGCUGACAACGAGGUUGUCAAUGGUACGUUCCUUGUUAACAACCGACCUGCAUCUGU